AUGCGUCGCAGACGCAUUAGAAAUCAUCGAAACCAUUCAAGACAAAAUAAUCAAACAAUAAACCCUCAAAUUCACCAUCUUCAACCUCCACCGCCUUUCUUUAUCCAUCAUCCAACAAACUUCAACCAAAACCCUUUAACGCAAAAUAUUUCUGGCACCGGAGUUUUCCUUCGCGAUCGUUCAUUUAAUCGCCAAAACAAUUCUCAACGUAUUAAUCACCAAACUACAACAAUUCCGAUUCCAGCUCCAUUAAUGCCCAACCAACAUCAAAAUCCUUUAGCGCAAAAUACUUCUGGCACUGGUGCUUUCCUUCCCAAUCCUGAAUUAUACUCUUCAAUUAAUCAACAUAACCAUUCUCAACGUAUUUAUCACCAAUCCAACAUCAUUCCAAUUCCAGCUCCGGGUUCAUUAAUGACCAACCAUCACCUCGCAACAUUUCCAACUCUAGCUCCGGCUCCAUUAAUGUCCAACCACCACACAAAUCCUUCAUUCCACAACGUCCAUCAACUUCCUUCAAUUUAUCAACCAAAUUAUCCUCAAUUAAGAGCACAUUCUGGAAUUCGUUUUACUUCUCGAUUAAAUCCUUAUGCUAAAGAAUAUAUUCCCAUAAAAUACCAAAAUAUAUUCAACAACCCUCAUUUUAACCCUUAUCAACCGGAAACCUCAACUUUUCAUCGAAAUAUUGGUGAUUAA